UACUACCAGUUAAGCACUACGGGUGGCAGCAGUUCGCCAUUGUCGCGUCAAGACUCUCACACUCAAGAAGAAGAAAGAAGGGGACUAGACAAAAAUGGCGACCUCCUUGCUCCUCUGUCGAAGGCUAGGGACACUUAAGUUGGAGAACUGGGGCAUCUUGAAGAGCUGCACUGGUGCUUUUUGCACCACUCAGACCGGAGAGCCAAUAAAGACUGCAAAAAAGACACCACAUGGUCCAGAUGAGAGAGGAACCCUACUAGCAUACAAGACAGAAGUUGCCUUCCCAGUUAGGGUCUCAAACCACGCAGUUGUUCCAUCACAGCCUCUAGAUUCUGUUCCUUCCUUGGGUGCAACAGUGGUUACAGUUCCACCAUUGGUGGAUAAAACAAUCACUGCAGCUGCAACCCCAGAUUACACAGCGACAACUAAGACACCCCCCUCUGAAGCUGGUGACCAACCAAAUGCUAAAGAUCCAUCUUCAUUGUCCAGUGAAGAUUCUGACUCUGACUCUGACUCUGACUCUGACUCUGACUCUGACUCUGACUCUGACUCUGACUCUGACUCUGACUUUGACUAUGACUCUGAGAGCAUUCAAACUGGGACCUCUGUGAAAGAGGUGCCAGAAUUCCUCGGAAAUAAACAAGCAAAAUUCCAACAAUCCACAUCAGAAGUGAAGCAAGGGGCUAAAGAAGCUAAGAAGGUGGUUUUUCCAAAGACCAGCAAAGUGCCAUUGCCGGUAGAUGCUUCUCAUGUAGAAGCACCUACAAGUACCACACAGGCACUCCAUGUUAGUCCUGUGGUAAAGCUAAAGCACACUGUCCCACAUGAUCAAGACUUGUCUGAAGAUGUAUCAGAGAUUAAUGAUAUCCAAUUACAAAACGCUGGUGCAUGUUCUCCUUUAGAACAAACUGAGGCUGUAGUAUCUACAAGUGUCCCUGUUGAUGCAAAAGAGAGUGAAAUCAACGCAGUCACUGAGGUUGCAUCUAAAGAAGAGGAACCAACUGAUGCCCUUGCAGAACCCACAGAGCCUGUCUGUGUUGAAGCUUCUGCAAAUACUGUAGUCCCGCUUGUUGGAAAUGAAGGUGUCCUUAAAGGAACUGCUGAAGCCCCCAGUAGAACUGCUCCUUCAUCAGUGAAUCUAGAGUCCAGAGCAGCCACUGAUGUUGCAGCCAAAGUCUCCUCUCCAAUGCAGAGUACCAGUCAGCCAUUGGAUCCUGUGAGAGAAGAGCUACAGACAGACACCCCAGUUGAUCUACCUGAGGAAGCUGCACCUGUGCCACCUGCUGAGCCCGAAGAGGCUUUUGACAACAGCACUUACAAGAAUAACCAACACCACAACUACAAUCCCUUCACCUUUGCAGACUUGGAUGUCGAGAUGGCCAAGUUUCGUCUCCCUCAACCGUCUUCCGGUAGAAAGUCACCCCAACAUUAGAAAAGCUCAGAUGGCUACAAACCCGUGAAUAGAUAAAGAUCAUUGUGUAAGCCUACUACCAUAUGACUCUUCUAUCUGUUAAAUAUAAUAUCAACACAUAAAAAAUAAAAUGCCAUAUGAAGUCUU